UGUGUUAGUCCCGUAGCUAGUAUAUGAUUUUGAUUUCAGUUGACCAUCAGCCAUCAAACGAGUUGCACACAUAUUAACGCGUUACACAAUAAUUUUACUCGUUGUAGUGUGAUACGUUCUUGGGCGGACCAGCUUAGAGUGAUUCCAUCGAUCACAUCAUCAAACAGCAAGAAGCAACAAUACACGAGUGUGGCGCCCAUCUACAAUUCAACGUAGAACGAUUUAAAUCACUUCAUCAGCAUUGAUUUGUUUACCAUACUACUAUCCCAAACACGUUAUCUUUUUUUGUAAUAAAUGGUAUGUGAUAAAUACUGAUGGCUUAAAAAUGGUCCACAGCAAUGAUGAUGCGAUGAAUAAAAUUCCUUUAAAAUCCGUAACAGAUGAUGAAGAGAAAAAUGGUGGUGAAUUUAUACAAGAUACAGCCACCGCCGAAGAGGCGAGACGAGAAGAAAGGCGGGUUAAGUUAUUGCAUUGGAUGAAAAAAUUUACCAUUGGCAUUAUUUGCUUCAUUGGUAUAGCUUUGUUUUGUUAUGUGAUUAUCAGUUUAUGUUUUAGCGAUGAUGGCAGCGAGCAGGCGGCGUCUGCGUCAACAAGUUCACUACAAAGCGGCGGCAAUAUCAACAACAAUGCGAGCAAUAUUAUAAACAGUACAUUGGUCGCCGCGGUAACUGAUUUAAGUCAUAAUAACAAUGAGUCAACCUCCGAUACCCAAUCUACGUCACCCACCACAACAAGCAUUUCAACAUCAUCCGGCGGCGAAGCAACGCCAUCAAUCUCCUCGUCGGCGACUACAAUAGUAUCAGAAACAGAAAUCGGCAGUGAUACAUUGACAUCAUCUUCCCCAUCAUCGCCUGCCACUAUCACCCUCAAAGACAUUCCAAUAACUGACGAGCAUUACAUCUCUAAAUUGGGCGUAUAUCAAAAUGCUGCUGUCUGUUCGGAUAGGCAUAUCUGCAGUAAAAUUGGCAGUCACAUAUUACAGAUGGACGGAUCUGUGGUAGAUGCGACAAUAGCCGCUAUGCUAUGUAAUGGUAUCACGACCCUGCACAGUAUGGGAAUUGGUGGUGGAAUGCUUAUGAACAUUUAUAUCAAAGAACGUCAACAGGCUUUCUCGGUGGAUGCCCGCGAAGUGGCACCGUACGCAGCAUCGCAGGAUAUGUUUAACGAUAAAAAGAAUGUAUCCGAAUAUGGGGCUUUAGUCAUAGCGGUACCCGGUGAAAUAAAGGGUUAUCAUCGAGCCCAUGAGAAGUUUGGCAAAUUACCCUGGAAGAAACUUGUCGAACCGUCUAUAAAACUUUGCCGAGAAGGUUUUUAUAUGAAUAAACAUAUGAUGCGAUCGGCAAAACACCGGUUAAAUAUCAUUAAAGAGAAUGAAAUAUUGAGAAAAAUGUUAUUUAAUGAAACCGCAGACGAGAUCCAUCCUUUAGGUACAAAAUUACAGCCACUGAAAGAGUUAUGCAAAACGUAUGAAUUAUUAGCUGAAAACGGUCCAUUAGAUUUCUAUAAUGGCACCUUAGCUAAAAUGGUUGCAGAUGAUUUAGAAGAUUUAGGCAGUAUAGUUACUUCAGACGAUUUGGAAUCCUAUAGAGCAGAUAUGGUGAGCUCGAUAACGAUGCAGUUGGGCAAUGAUAUUUUGUAUGCGGUACCACCGAUAAGCAGUGGCACUAUAGUCGCCAAUAUUUUAAGCAUUCUUGAAGGUUUUAAUUUUACCCGAAAUGAUUUAAGAGAUGGACAACACGAAGCCUACACCAUACAUCGCAUGGUCGAGGCAAUGAAAUUUAGUUUCGCCAAGCGUUGGGAACUCGGCGAUGUACGAUUCAAUGAUGUUAGAGAGUUGGUAAGUCGUUUAACUAAUCCGGAAACGGGUAUGCAAAUGCGGGCUUUGAUUAGCAACUCAUCGGUGCUGAAAAACGUUUACGAAUAUGGUGCUCAGUUUUCGGGUGAGGAUGACGCGGGUACAAGCCAUUUGUCAGUAUUGGCACCGAAUGGCGAUGCGGUUUCAGUCACCAGUUCAAUUAAUGAAUAUUUUGGUUCUGUUCAUGUGGGCAGACGUACGGGCAUUUUGUUUAAUAGCGGCAUGUUGGAUUUUUCAGUGCCAGAUCGUAAAGAUAUUUUUGAUUUACCAGCAUCGCCCACCAAUUUUAUAGAUCCUCAGAAACGGCCCAUGUCUUCGAUGUCCCCAAUGAUUUUAACUGACGACGCGGGUAACGUGCGUAUGAUUAUAGGAGCUGCAGGUGGGUCCAAAAUCAUAUCAGCCAUUGUGGAAGUAAUGGCUCGCGUAUUAUGGUUUAACCAAGAUAUCAAAGAAGCGAUUGACGCGCCUCGUUUUCAUCAUCAACUAGUUCCGAAUAUUUUGCAAUAUGAAGAGAAUCGCUUUAGUGAAGAACUGCUUAAUUUAUUGCAAAAUAAAGGACAUAAAGUUGAACAGUAUGUUGGCAUUGGUUCAGUGGUUUGUGGUAUUGUACGCAACGAAACAGCAAUUUACGCAAAUGCUGAUUUUCGUAAGCAGGGCGGUACCGCUGGAUUUUAAGUCCUUCAAUUCAUGUCAACUGAAAAUUAAACCAAAAAUGUAAAGUUUUACACAAACUCAAUUAUCUAAAUGUGCUUUACGUAAAAUAAUUCAUUAUAUAAUAUAUCAAAAGCAUCUCAAGGCUUUCUUUUUACAAAACAUUUCUUAAAACACAUUUUCUUAACGUAAUCAAUCUUCUUAAAAGUCCAAAAA